AUGUCGAGGAAUUCAGCACCAAAAGACGAAAAAAAGAUCAUCGGUGCGCUGCCGGAGGCUACCGCCUACUUCUGGAAGCAGAACAGAAGGUCAACGUACGACAACUGGCCCUUUAAUGACUCUAACAAGUGCAACGCCGAAUGCAUGGCUGAGGCUGGAUUUUAUGUCGUCGGGGGCAAGGACGAGCCUGACUUGGUCGAAUGUUUUAUUUGUAGUAAGCAGCUCAAUGGUUGGGAGCCGGACGAUGAUCCGUGGGACGAGCAUGUGAAGCAUAACUCAGACUGUCCGUUUAUUAAAUUCAACGUACGAGAUGAAAAGAAAUGGACAAUAGACCAAUUGUAUGAUUUGUACAAAAAGUACAAGGCGAAAGAAUUUAUGGAUGAAGUGAAAAAUAAUAUAGCCAUGAUACAACAUGAAGCAGAACGGUUCUCGAGCCAGUUAUCUGUAGAGCGAGCGCAAAAACCAUGA